AUGGCCAAGAAUAAUCUCACCACAGUAACUGAAUUCAUUCUCGUGGGCUUUACAGACCACCCCAAAUUGGAGAUUCCCCUCUUCCUGGUGUUUAUGAGUUUCUACCUAGUCACCCUUCUUGGGAAUGUGGGGAUGAUUAUUUUAAUCCAAGUAGAUGUCAAACUCCACACCCCAAUGUACUUCUUCCUGAGCCACCUCUCCCUGCUGGAUGCCUGUUACACCUCAGUCAUCACCCCUCAGGUCCUAGCCACAUUGGCCACAGGCAAAAUGGCCAUCUCCUAUGGCCGCUGCACUGCCCAGUUCUUUUUGUUCACCAUCUGUGCAGGUACAGAGUGCUUCCUGCUGGCAGUGAUGGCCUAUGACCGCUGUGUUGCCAUUCGCAACCCACUGCUCUAUACCGUGGCCAUGAGUCCCAGACUCUGCUGGAGCCUGGUGGUAGGAGCUUAUGUCUGUGGGGUGUCAGGGGCCAUCCUGCGUACCACGUGCACCUUCACCCUCUCCUUCUGUGAUGACAAUCAAAUCAACUUCUACUUCUGUGACCUCCCACCCCUGCUGAAGCUUGCCUGCAGUGACACAGCAAACAUAGAGAUUGUCAUCAUCUUCUUUGGCAAUUUUGUGAUUUUGGCCAAUGCCUCGAUCAUCCUGAUUUCCUAUCUGCUCAUCCUCAAGACAAUUUUGAAAGUGAAGUCUUCAGGUGGCGGGGUCAAGACUUUCUCCACGUGUGCCUCCCACAUCACUGCUGUGGCCCUUUUCUUUGGGACCCUUAUCUUCAUGUAUCUGCGAAGUGGCUCGGGCAAAUCCCUGGAGGAAGACAAGGUCGUAUCUGUCUUUUACACAGUGAUCAUCCCCAUGCUGAACCCUCUGAUCUACAGCUUAAGAAACAAGGAUGUAAAAGACGCCUUCAGAAAGGUCACUAGGAGACUCCAGGUGUCCCUGAGUAUGUAGAUCUGAGUGAGAGGAGUUCUUGUUUUAGUCCACUUUCUUCCCAUAUCAACAUAUCCUAAUAGGCACCAUUAUUAAAUGCAACUUAUACCCACAAAUAGAGAGCAUAUAGAAGGUAGGUACCACCAGGCACACAGGAAAAACUACAAUUGUGGUGAAAUUAGUUUCCAGCAAUUCCAUGUUCUUUCUUCCUAUCCCCUUCUUCCACUUUCAAUCCAUUCCUUAGCACUCAGCAGUCUCUUGCUAUUCUCUAAUGUCACAACUUAUAGAAUCUCAGGUCCCAGGAGUCUUGAGUUUAUUUCAUUCCACCCCAGUACUCUCUGCAUUCAGGCCUGGGCUUGCCAUCAUUUCCCUCUUGUUUUUGCUCCCACCAAUCCCACCUUUUCCUCUGUGUCAAAGACUGUAUCUGGGGAGCUCUGUGAAUUGUACAAAUUGGUCUUUUUUUUCUUUUAAUAUGAAGGACUGAUCACCUUACUAAGCAGGGAGUAUCGUGUAAGGCAAAACUCACUCUCCAAUCUGCCAAGGGAAGGAAGUUUGAGAAAUGAGCUUCUCUUUUCAGAAUUUUACCCCCUUAGAGUGUCUUCCUUCUUGCUCAGACCGGAACAAUGGAGCUUAAAAAUUUCCUUAUCAGUUGGCACCUAACUGGUUUUGUUGUUCCUGCUUUCAUGUUACUUUGGUAUCUUCAAGAUGAAUUGAACCAUAUUACCUUUGGGAAUGUCUCCUCAAGGUCUCUUGUUUCUGAAGGCCAUGGUGCAUUUCUUCCCCUCCUCGCCCUAUUGCCUGUCUCAUGAACAGUUCUCUCCCACCAAGUAUCCAGUUUCCAGGAAGAGCAAAUCACAGAGCACAGACAGAUAAAUAGAGAGACAACUGAACCCCAUAUUAUACUUUCUAAUGAAGAUCUGGUAAGAGGGGAAAGUCAUCAUGACUCCUGCACCAGACUGCAAAACCCUUGAGAACAGAACGUUUUCUUCACUGCUAAGUCCAAAGCCUUUUGAAAGAAUUUUUUAGUACAUGCUUGUUUCUAUUUGAGCCUUCUGGUAACUCUAUUGCAAAUGGAAAAAACGUGGUUUAAUGUAAAAUUCCCAUUUUGCAAUUAAGGAAGUAUUUCCUCAUGAGUCAAAGAGUAAGUACUCAGAGUAUACAGCAGCAGACAAGGCAUGGAGUCAGACUUGAAUUUGAAUCCUGAUUCCACCACUGAUUUAUUAUGAGGUCUGGGUAAAUGAUUUAAUUUUGCAGACCUAAAGCAAGUAUAACAAUUCCCAAUUCAAGAGGAUAUUGUAAUAAAAUGAUGAAUAAGAAAUAGCCAACACUAAUCAGGCGUUCAAUAUAGAUUGCUCUCAUAUCUUCUCUUCCCUUUCCUUCACUUUCUGAUGUCAACCCUGGACCCUUGCUAGAGUUUAAUGGCCAUUGACAAAAGA